UAGAAGAUCGGAAGCUCUCCGAAACCUUCAAGAAAAAGUACCUAGGCUUCGAGUACCAAAUUAUAUAGAUAUAAUUGAUAAUAAUGAGAAUAGAGAACCUGAAAUACCUGCAAGCAGAAAUGCACAAAUAGAUGCGUUGAUGACUCUGGAAGAGAAUUAG